CCGAAUGCAUAUGGCGGAUCAGCUGUCACUUCCCGUGUGAAAAUGUAAACAAAGCCGUGUUUUUCAAAACAAUUUUCUCAUUGAUUUCCUGGGCAGUGUACUGAGUUUUUUGACCAUGGCAACUGACGAGAGGAACUUCCGAUCGGGCUACUUGGAAAAGGUGGGAUGUCGUGGUGUUGGCGACACGAAUAAACUGGAGAAUCUGCUGAAGGAAAAGUUGGUGGAUCAGGGGAAAUUGAAGCAGUUUUGCAUCAGAUUUGCAGUUCCUGUGAGGCACAGAAGUCUCCUCUGGUGUUCACUGCUAAACAUUCAUCCGAUGUACACAAAUAACCUUCAGUAUGUUAUGACCCAGAGAAAAGCUGUUUACAUGGAUCUCCUGCGAGCUCUCAAGAUGAUGAGACUCGUCGAUGAGGCAAAAAUGCCCAAAUCCCGCAUAUUCUAUGCCAUGUGGCUACUUGAGACUAAAAGACUGCAAUUGGGAUGCAAUAUUUCCACGGCAGAAGACAGUUUUAUAGCCAUUGCUGAGACUCUCCUUAAACUCUUUGAUAAUGAAGUAGAAAUCUACUGGAUGGCAAAGAAAUUCUACGAAAUAACCGAAGAUAUUGAAAAGGACUUACCCAAAUUGCUGGCUCUGACGAAUUCUCUGCUCGAGAAGAACAACCAGGAACUCUUCCGAUAUCUCGAAACCAAUAAUCUGCUUCAGAAACUUCCACUCAGCAAAUGGUAUGUUACUUGCUUUGCGGGGGUUCUCAAUGAAACAGCCCUGGCAAGGGUUUGGGACAAGAUAAUUGGGGGCUCCUUCCAAAUCCUCGCCUUUGUCACAUACAAAACGCUUAGCAAGCUCGAAAAGACCAUUUUCAAGUGUACGGACAUUGAUUCCCUGCUCAAGUGCAUUGAUACUCAGGCCAAGAACAGUCAGGAGAUGUCCGAUGUCAUUGUCUCCAAAUCCAUCGAAAUGUGGCAGUCCUCUGAAUUCUUUUAUAAAUCUUUUUGAAUAAAAAAUAUUUCUGCACU